AUGUCAACAAAGAACCUUGAAAAGUUUGUCCACACUCAACAGGUCCUAUGGAGAUCGAAACUGACUCUAGUGCGCAGGGCACUCCGACCCUUCAAGAAACUUUGCAAUUACGAACAAAACUACAAGUUCGGUGAUUGGUCAAAGCUGUCCUGUGAAUUUCCGAAUGCGUUCAAGGACCACGGUCGGCCUUUCAAUGUCGAAGAUUGGCAACUUGCGCAUAAUCGAUUGUUGAGAGCCGAACAUUUGAUGAAGGCUAUUGAUUCCCGGAUCAAGUCCAUCAAGGAAGAGCCUAAGCUCAGCGCGGCAGCAUCGAUCAAGGAUACCAAUACUCUCGAAGGUGACAAGAGCAGCGGCGCCGUCGAGUUCGACAGUUCUGAUGUUGACAAGGCUGUCAAGACUCAUGCAAGCACCGAGGUUACAGAAGACAGUGCAGUCGAGAAGAAGAGUGACGUGGCCAAGGACCGACAAUCUAAAGUCAAGAAUGACGAGCACUCUGACGAGGAGCCGAUCCUGCCUAGGAAGCGCAAGAGAGCUGUAGUCAAAUUCUCCGAGGAUGAGCACAAGAAUCAAAAUGCUACAUCGGGGAAGAAGAAGAAGCUCAUGAAGGGACUUGCAUCUCAUGACGAUAUGCCUGAAGCUGAGAAGCCCGUUGCUAAGGGUCCUGCAGCAAAUCGUAAGCCUCCAAAGAAGCGAGUUAUGCCUAGUAGAUUUUUCUCGAGGUACUAG